CUCAGCGGGACUGGCAUUAGGAGGACUACAAGUAAAGACCGAGGGAGCGCCAGUUCGGACACGGACUUCAGCCCUGAGCAGCAACUUCAUCCAACACAGAUCUGCACUUAAACAAAAAAAAAAGCACCGCAAGAUGGCACAAGUUCUGGACAUCGAUCGCUGGAACCUGGAGUGCGAGUUUAACAACACGGACCAUCGCACCGAUCUCAAUGGCGUAGAUCGGCUCAUUGUGCGGAGAGGCCAGCCGUUUACAAUCAGCCUUUAUCUCCGCAGUGGAAGCUUCCAGCCGGGAACCAGCUCUCUGGACUGCGCUGCAGAAACAGGUCCUCAACCGUCUGAGCAGUAUGGCACCAGGGCCUCCUUCGGUCUGUCCCCCAGUAUUGACACUUCCCGCUGGAGUGCUGCUGUCACCAGCCCUCCCGGGGACAUGGUGGCCCUCUCUGUGUGCUCUUCCCCCAACGCACCUAUAGGUCGCUACACCCUGACCCUUGGCCGGUCAGCGAGGAUCGAGUUCAUUCUGCUCUUCAACCCCUGGUGCUCAGGAGAUGCAGUAUAUAUGGACAGUGAGCAGAAAUUGGCGGAGUAUGUCCUUUCUCAGGAUGGACUCGUCUUUCAAGGAAGCUACAAACAUCCUAUAGCUACUCCCUGGAACUUUGGCCAGUUUGAAGGUGGAAUCCUGGAUAUCUGCCUGCGGAUUCUGGACACGAAUCCUAAAUAUUUGCGUAAUCCCGGCAAAGACUGUUCAGGGAGAAGAAAUCCCAUCUAUGUGUCCCGUUUGCUGAGUGCUAUGAUAAAUUGCAAUGACGACAAAGGGGUGUUACUGGGAAAAUGGUCAGAUGGCUUUGAAGGAGGCGUGAGCCCCAUGUUUUGGCGCGGCAGCGUGGAGAUCCUACGCAACUGGGACACGCAAGCUUGUCAGCCCGUUCGUUAUGGACAGUGCUGGGUGUUUGCAGCAGUGGCGUGCUCCGUUUCCAGAGCCCUGGGUAUACCCUGCCGUGUUGUGACCAACUUCCUGUCUGCACACGACACCAACAACAACCUGGUUAUUGAGCGCUAUAUCAAUGAAAAGGGGGAACUCAUCCGAUCCAAAGAAAUGAUCUGGAAUUAUCAUUGCUGGGUGGAGAGUUGGAUGACCAGGCCUGACCUUAAGCCUGAGUUCAACGGCUGGCAGGCCAGUGAUCCCACACCUCAGGAAAAAAGCGAAGGCGUGUACUGCUGCGGCCCCAUCCCUGUCAGGGCCAUCAAGGAGGGCGAGCUCAUGUCCAAAUAUGACGCGUCCUUCGUCUUUGCUGAGGUCAAUGCUGAUGUCAUCACGUUCAUGAAGAAAAAGGACGGCAGUACAUCCAAAGUAACUACCACUACAUUUGUGGGCCAGAAAAUCAGCACCAAAAGCGUGGGGAGUGACAACAGAGAGGACAUCACUCAUCUGUACAAGUACCCUGAAGGAUCUGAUGAAGAGCGAGAGGCUUUCAAAAAGGCCGACCAUCAAAACAAGCUGGUCCAGGAGCAGCAGCAGGGUGGAGGGCUUCACAUCGCUAUCAAAGUGACAUCAGACAUGAAGAAGGGUUGUGACUUUGACGUUUUUGCCGUCGUCACGAACAACACGAACACUGACAAGAAAUGUCGCCUGCUGUUCGGAUCCUGUGCUAUGUCCUACAAUGGGGUUAUGGGUGCCAACUGUGGCUUUAAAGACCUGCUCAAUGUGGAGCUCGCACCAGGUGGAGAGAGACGAGUCCCACUAAAGCUGAACUACUCAAAGUACGGUGGCCUGCUCACUGAGGACAACUUAAUCCGCCUGGCAACUCUGCUGAUGGACUACUCUACUGGAGAGUCAUUCCUGGCAGUGAGGAAUAUUGUCCUGGACAAUCCAGAAAUCAAAGUCAGAAUCCUGGGAGAACCAAAGGAGAAUCGUAAGCUGGCUGCAGAGAUCUCCCUCCAGAACCCUCUGCCAGAGCCGCUGGAGAGCUGCUGCUUCAGCAUCGAGGGGGCCAACCUGACUGGGGGACGUGUCAUCUCUGAGAGGUUGGGCUGCACAGUGGGACCCGGAGAAGAUGCCAAAGUUAAAAUCUACUUCACUCCCACCCAUUCUGGGUUGAGAAAGCUGAUUGUUGACUUUGACAGUAACAAGUUGUGUCACGUAAAGGGCUACAGAAAUGUCAUUAUUGGAAAAUAGAACCUUCUCUGAAGUUCAGAAUAAUUCAUUCAUUUCUUUGAAAUAUGCAGUAAACAUGAGCAAAUGAACACUUCAAUACCUUACCUAGAAUGCUUGUUGAAAUUCACCUCACAUCACUCACAUUGUUUCAGUGGUGAUUUUUACAAGCUACCUGUUGUAGCGCUACACUUAAAUGUGACAUUUGUGCUCAUUGAGCAUAAUCAAGUAACUGCAUGCAACACUUUAAAACACACAAUGUAAUGUUGCGUCUCACAGUUGAUUAUUAGCUUUUUAAGAUUUUGCCAUUAUGCACUAUUCAUGCAUCCAUCUAUGUUCUAUACUGACUUCUUCCUAUUAAUGGUCUCUACAGUCUGUUGGACCUUAUCCUAGCUGUCUUUAGGCAGUACACCCUGGACCGGUAGGGAGUCAGCGCCAUGUAUAGAUAAAUUGGACAUGUUUAGGCUCCCUCUGAGGGUCAAUUAGACUAGUGUGCAUGUUUUUGGACUGGGAGGAACUUGGAGCACCCAGAUAAAACCCAUCCAAACACAGAGAUAACUUGCAAACUCCACAAAGAAAGGCUGCAGCUGUGAUUCAAAGCGGGAAGCUUCUGGUUAUUAGGCAACAGUGCUUACCAACAGAUUUCAUUAUGAACAGGCAACUGAAAAAGGGGAUAAAACAAAUGUGCAAAUUGAAAUGUUCAGUUAAUCCAAAAAUAAUUCAGAUAAUAAAUACAACUGAAUGAAAUGAGUCAUUUCUAUUCAGUCUAUUUCAGUGUAAUAUUUAUAAAAUACAAAUUUAUAAAAAGUUGUCUUGCAAAAGAAAACCAUGAAAUUCCCCUGAAUCUUCACUGUAGUUCAGUUGCCCUCCCUGAGCAUCGAUGGGACAGUGAUGCUCAGGAAGAGGGGGAUCCAGAGGAGAGCUCCAGCAGACCUACACAGGAGUUUGCUCCUCUGUCUCAAGAUGGAGACGUCAACAAAUACAGAAGAGCCUCGUCCGGGAUGCCUGCUGUGGAAUAGAAAUGACAACGUAAUCUGAAGAAAUGUUACACGCUUUUGUUGUUUUGUUUUGAUUUUGCAGCUAAGGAAAAACUUUUUGUGUUCAAACGAAUAAAUACAAACAUCAUGUGUAUACUGCUAUUUUCACCGACUGUAUAAUGUGACAAUCUGAAAGUUUACUCUGGCCAAAGGAUGGGUCGAACAAAACCGUAUGACUGUAUAUUAGUUAUUGAAUAAUUAUGAAUAUUAUAGGAAGUGAUGGGAUAAUCUUUGACAGCACUCAAACAUCACAUCAACAUCCUAGCGGAAGAAGCAUCUCCUCUCUGCAAACAUCACUGUAUAUGAAAAUAAUUAUGACAUCCUGUAUUCAUUUUAUAUUGCUUUCCAUAUCAUGUUCUGCUUCCCUCCUUGCACCUACUGUAGGAGACACACGGCAUCAUUUAAUAAGCUUCAGUAUUUGCAAUGUUAAGUUUUAAUAAAAGAUCAUAAUAAACUUUCAUGCAUAAAU